AUGCAGAAACGAGAACUACCCAUAACAGCACGCCAGCUGCCCCCGCCGGCAUACCAGCCAGUAGCAUUAUUUGCUUUCCUUGCUGAAAGUACAGUACAUGAAAAAUUCGUAUGCACCCUAAGCAGGGAAAUGUUUAACAAAGAAAUGGAAGAAGAGCAAAGCCGAGGUUUUAUUGUAACAAUGCAAGAGGGUAAAGAGGAAGUUGAGAAAGACAUGCCAUGGAACCACGAAAGCAAGUAA